UCGCCGGCCGGAAGUUGAGGAACUGAAUGGGUCCUGGAGCCGGUGGCUGCUGCUCCUCUGUCUCUCCCUGACGCUUAGCGGCCGUUCAGCCGCAGGUCUCGUCAGCCGCUAGGCCACCAGGUUCAUGUGGAGGCUCCCAGGCGCCCGCGCCGCGCUUCGUGGGGUCCGCACGGCGGUGGAGCGGCACAGUCGAGCUGAGGCGGCGACUGAGACCGCGGCAGGCGUGAUGGAGCGCGCUGUAGUGCGCUGUGUGCCCUCGGAGCCUAAGCUUAGCUUGUCCUUCGCUCUGGCCGACGGUAGCCACAAGAAUAUGCAGCGCGACCAGAGCGAGCCGCUGGGUCGGGCCCUCAGCCGGAUCGCUACUAAUGCUCUCAAAGGCCACGCUAAGGCGGCCGCGGCCAGGAAGAGCAGGAAGAACCGGCCAAACGCAGGCGGCGGUGGGGCCUGUGCGGGGUCUGGGCCCGAGCCGGCUGCAGCCUGCGAACCCGUAGUGAAGCUGUACUACCGGGAGGAGGCAGUGGCUGAAGACGUGCUCAAUGUGGACGCCUGGCAGGACGGUGCGGUGCUGCAGAUCGGCGAUGUCAAAUACAAGGUAGAGCGCAACCCGCCCUCCCUCACCGAGCUGCAGUUGCCGCGCUACAUCAUGGCCGGCUUCCCGGUGUGCCCCAAGCUCGGCCUCGAAUUUGGGGAUCCCGCCGGCUCCCUCUUCCGCUGGUACAAGGAAACCAAACCUACAGCGGUGGAGCCUGAGGGCGGAGGCCCCUCGUCAUUGUCUCCCUCUUCACCUUCUCCUGGUUGGACCGAGACGGGUGUGAACGAGCGCGUCUACACCCCGUCCAAUGCUGACAUCGGGCUACGGCUCAAACUUCAUUGUACCCCAGGCAAUGGGCAGCGCUUCGGACCAAGCCGAGAAUUGGAAAGUGUGUGUUCGGUGGAGGCCGGGCCCGGCACGUGCACCUUUGACCACCGGCAUCUCUACACGAAGAAGGUGACUGACGACGCCCUCAUCCGCACAGUCUCCUACAACCUUCUGGCCGACACAUAUGCCCAGACUGAGUUCUCACGGACGGUCCUGUACCCGUACUGUGCCCCUUACGCCCUGGAACUCGACUACCGCCAGAACCUUAUCCAAAAGGAACUCACGGGCUACAACGCCGACCUCAUCUGUUUGCAGGAAGUUGACCGCGACGUGUUUACAGACAGCUUGGUGCCGGCCCUCGAGGCCUUUGGGCUGGAGGGCGUGUUUCGAAUCAAGCAGCAUGAAGGCCUCGCUACUUUUUACCGAAAGUCCAAGUUCAGCCUCCUUAGCCAGCAUGACAUUGCUUUCCAUGAGGCCCUGCAGUCCGACCCACUUCACAAAGAACUGCUGGAGAAACUGGUUUUAUACCCAGCAGCGCAGGAAAAGGUGCUUCAGAGAUCUUCUGUCCUUCAGGUUUCUGUUCUUCAGUCUACAAAGGACUCCUCUAAAAAGAUAUGUGUUGCUAAUACCCAUCUCUACUGGCACCCCAAAGGUGGGUACAUUCGUCUCAUUCAAAUGGCAGUAGCCUUGGCUCACAUUAGACAUGUCUCUUGUGAUUUGUAUCCUGGCAUACCAGUUGUAUUUUGUGGGGACUUUAAUAGUACCCCAUCAACAGGAAUGUAUCACUUUGUCAUCAAUGGCAGCAUUCCAGAGGAUCAUGAAGACUGGGCUUCAAAUGGGGAAGAAGAACGAUGCAACAUGUCUCUUACCCAUUUCUUCAAACUGAAAAGUGCUUGUGGUGAACCUGCUUAUACAAAUUAUGUUGGUGGUUUUCAUGGAUGUCUGGAUUACAUUUUCAUUGACUUAAACACUUUAGAGGUUGAACAGGUGAUUCCAUUACCAAGUCAUGAAGAAGUUACCACCCACCAGGCCUUACCUAGUGUUUCCCAUCCUUCUGAUCAUAUAGCACUUGUGUGCGACUUAAAAUGGAAAUAGAUUUGUGUUUAAUGGAAUUUAAGACUGCUUUAGUAAGAAAUUUAUUAUGAAUCAAAGCUUAUGUGUAACCUUCAAAGAGGAAAACUAGACACUAAGGUAAAAUAUUCUUACAAUACUAAUUAUGUUCCAGUGUCUUCAUUACAUGAUUGUCAUAAUGUUUGCAUAAUACAGUAUAGUUUCUCUAUUCUUUUUUUCUACACUUGAAGGAAAAACAAUAUAUUUAUGACAGGCAGGAAGAACAUUGAACUAUUAUGUACAUUUUAUAAGUACUUUUUUUUGCUAGUAAUUAAAAAUUUUGUAAAAAACAAAACGAAAAACCAUUGAAUGAUCCUGUAAUUUUUCUGUCAUAACACACAUUUCUAAUUAAAUCAUGUAUAUAUAGUUAGAGGGACAGUGCAUACACGUUAAGGUGAGAGACCUAAGUUCUGACUCAUGGAAGAAAUAACAUUAGGGUCUACCUCUACCUCAAUUUGGUUAGCAACUUAAUGACGCUUUAACAAAAAAUUAAAAUAUACUAUCACCAAUUCUAAUAUCAUUUUUCAAUCAACAUAAGAUAUUUUCAUUCUCUUAUUUUUAGGAUUUCAGUUUUUGUGUAUCGUACAAAUGGACAUAUUUACAUUCCCAUUCUUACUGCAGCUUAUUUUAACUUUCAGGAUACAAGCACAAUUUAGUAUUCAAAGUGAGUAGUAGCAUAGCCAACUUGAUCUUAUUGUCCUUAAUACUCUUGCCCAUGAAAAAUGAUCAUAAAACAACAGGGUAUUUGACUGUAUGAUAUUAGAGACUAUAGCAUAAUGAUACAUUACUUUAUGGGAAACUGCAAACAGGUACGGGCUUGAAAUUUUGGAUGAACCAUGGAGUAUUUCUAUGCUAGAAGUAUUUUGAAAAUUGUUUUUUCUAAAUUGCAGAAAGGAGUAGUAGUAGGGCUUUUUUUAUUACUAUUUUCUGAAAGAGUCUCUAUUGAACAUCUCUGGAAUAAACUUUUUUGAAGACAUGAGCAUUAUAGUUUGACAUACAGAAAAAUGUAUGUAUAAUUUAUAUGCUGUAAAAAAAUUUAAAUAUGAAGCCAAACCCUCUUUAAAAUUAUGAAUUAUAGUUUUGCUGAGUCUAGCCUCAAGUAGUAACUGAGAUUUUAUUUUAGUUAUUUAUUUAUUUAUUUUCUUUUUACAGCUGUACCCGUGGCACAUGGAAGUUCCCAGGCUAGGGGUCAAAUUGGAGCUUCAGCUGCCGGCCUACACCACAGCCACAGCAACACAGGAUCCCAGCCACAUUUGCAACCUACACCACAGCUCACAACAAUGGCAGAUCCUUAACCCACUGAGAAAGGCCAAGGAUCGAACCUGCGUUCUCAUGGAUACCAGUCAGAUUCAUUUCCGCUGAGCCACGAUGGAAACUCCAUCUACCAUUUUUAACUUGUUUAAUUAUGUUGUUGCAGUCACAAAGUAGAUUAUUCACAAUGGAUGGCCCAAUCUCUUAAAUUUUUUCCAGAGAGCUCAUCUACAAGAUUGUGUCAUGUCAGAAAAGUCAAUCACAUUGCUUUGUUGAAGAAAUUUGAAGAGAAAAAAAAUUCCCCCCCAAAAGAAUACCAAAGCCCUGGAGUAUGAAUAAAUUAAAAGCCCAAGAUGAUCCCCCCACCCCGAAGUACACUUUUAAAAUGUGAGUGUACUUCAGAGUUCCCUUCCUGGCUGUGGCACAGCGGAAAUGAAUCCAAAUAGGAACCAUGAGGUUGCGGGUUCAAUCCCUGGCCUUGCUCAGUGGGUUAAGGAUCCCGCAUUUCCAUAACCUGUGGUGUAGGUCGAAAUCCUGCGUUGUGGCUGUGGCAUAGGGUGGUAGCUACAGCUCCGAUUAGACCCCUAGCUGGGGAACCUCCAAAUAAUGCAGGUGUGGCUCUAAAAAGACAAAAAAAAAAUAAAAUAAAAUGUGAGUUUACUUCAGUUUGUUUCAGAGAAUGAAAUGUUGGCUUUUAAAUGGCUUAGCCAUGCUCCACUAUUAUCUACCACUUCUAAAAUCCCAAUUUAGCUAAAGAGUAGCAAGUUACAAAAAUGCCUAAAUACUAAUUCCUGAGAAGCUUAGGGGGCUGUGACUAAAUAUAACUUACCAAGUUUAAUGCAUAAUCUCAAAAAAAAAGAAAGACUAAACUCUGCCUAUUAAGAAUUUAGGGGAGUUCUUUUGUGGCUCAGCAAGUUAAGGAUUGAGCAUUGUCACUGCAGUGGCUGGAGUUGAUGCUGCGGCAAUGGUUUGAUCCUUGGCCAGGAACUUCCACUUGCCCCAGAUGCAGAAAAAAAAGAAACAUAUUGAGCUAAUAGAACAUUAAAGAUUAUUAAAGGGGGAGUUCCUUGGUAGUUUAGUGGUUAGGACUCAGAGCUUUCACUGCUGUGUAUAUAUAUAUGUAUAUGUAUAUAUGUGUGUGUGUUUGUGUGUGUAUAUAUAUAUAUAUAUAUAUAUAUAUAUAUAGAAAAGAUAUUCUGCAAGUUGGCCAUCUUCAGUGUAUUGAAGAAUAGUGAAGCCAAAUGAUUAACUAUAUAUGAAGAGUAAUCGUUAAAUUGUAGGUCUUAAAAGUACUAAAACCUUUCAGUUAAACUGAUAGCAAACACCAGCUGGAUUCAUUCUGUUCUGAUAACAAACUCUAGGUUAUUCAAAAUCAGUAUUGUCUAGUGUUAAGUUUUUACUCACAAUUUUCAAUUUCCUUGAUAAGCGUCACUAAAAACAAGUUGAAAAUGGAGUUCCCUUGUGGCUCAGUGGGAUAAGGAUCUGUCAUUGUCACUGCUUUGGCUGUGUUUAUAGCUAUGGCACGGGUUUGAUCCCUGGCCUGGGAGUUUAUGCAUGCUAUGGGUGCAACUGUCAGAAAAAAAAAAAAGAUGAAUCAUUCAGCUCUGUCUUCUGUCCAUUUUGUGUUGAUUGUAAGUAGAUCAAAGGUUUUAUAGAGUGCAAUCCAUUUUGCCCGAUAACUCAGUUUAAAGAUGUUAUCCUGGAGUGUUGCUGAUGUACAUCUCCUUAAUGUAUUGAAGUAUUCCUGGUUGGCAUUUUCACUGGUUGUUUUCAUCUCAUCUGUGUUUUUUCUGUAAUUGAAAAUGGCUCAGUAGGGAAUUGGAUAGGCUUUAUUUAGUUGGUCUUCUUACAUUGCAUAAACUAUAUACAUACUGCUGCAUUUAGACUUCAUUUUCCCUGUAGAACAGUUUGGAGAAAUGGUGUAUCUCUCCAGGGCUAAAAUAACUUAGAAAUAAAGAUGGACUUCCUUCAAAAAAUGGGGUUAAGUAUUGUGUUUUGGAUAUCUUAAGCCAAAGAAUAUUUCUUUUUUUUUUUUUCUUUUUUGGGCCGCACUUGCGGCAUAUGGAAAUUCCCAGGCUAGCAGUUUAAUCAGAGCUACAGCUGCCGGCCUACGCCACAGCAACAGCAGCACAGGAUCUGAGCUGCGUCUACAAACUACAUCACUGCUCAUGGCAACACUGGAUCUCCAACUCACUGAGCAAGGCCAGGGAUCGAACCCGCAUCCUCAAGGAUACUAGUCAGAUUCGCUUCUGCUGUGCCACAAUGGGAACUCCAAGCCAAAGAAUAUUCCUGCUGAAGCUGUAGUAUUGUAAAUAAUGUAAUUAUGUUACCCCCUUUCCUGUCUUUUUAUUACAUACCUAUAAGAGAUCUAGUUUUUUGCAUUUUGGCUUGUGUUCUUUUUCAACCUAAAUAAAAGAGUCCCAUGCUUUGGUCCUUCAA